AUUCGGUUCAGGUUAGCGGGUUGAACUGAACAUUUCUCCAUAUUACUUCAAAGAGAGAAUAAGAAACAAAGGAAACAUUUCCAAUCUCUCAGUUUCUCUUCUUGCAAAGCCCUAACAGUAACUCAAUUCGUUAAGAAAAGGUCAAUCUUUCUGUUCUCUGUUUUUGGCCUUCAAGUUUUCGGUUUGAUCUGUUGAUCAUUUUGUACUUUUGGCACGAAAAAGGAUGGAGAAAUGAUCUUCCGGUUUUUAGGUAAGAAUAUUUUGAAAUGAAGUGGUGAAUCGGGGAAAGUUGAAGUGGAUUCCUCGUCAGGUAUCGGAGAGUUGGUUUAUAUAAAUUAGUUGCUUGUUUAUUUUGGGUUUGAGUAAGUAUUGGAAUGGAAGGAGGGUCUGGUAAUAAUUCUGUACCUCCUUCAUCUACUUUUGACAAAUCUAGAGUUUUGGAUGUGAAACCACUGCGUACUUUGGUGCCUGUGUUUCCAAAUAGUCCUCAGACUCCACCAUUCAUUUGUGCACCUCCUAAUGGUCCUUUCCCAUCUGGGUUUUCGCCAUUUUACCCUUUUAAUGGACCACAACUCGCCGCCACUACCACAGCCAGCACCCCUCCUGACCUUAACCAGGAGACUCACACUCCAGCACCCCUUCGUUCUUUCAGGGCACCCCAGUCUAAUGGGGGCGUUUCUAGAGGUGGGAAUGAAGAAGGUACCUCUGAUGGAAGGCCAAAGCGCCCUGUCGGGCGGCCAAGGAACUCAACAUCCUCUUCGCAAAAGAGGGCUAAGAAAGAUUUGGAUUUUACUCUGUCCGUUGUUGAUAACAAUUUUGUUGCGGGGAUUACUCCCUCUCAGAGAGAGGACGGUGAUAGGGGAGUGGUUAUUAAUAUAAUGAUGAGAUUUGAUGCACUUAGGAGAAGGCUUAGCCAAUUAGAAGAUUCUAAGGAGGCACCCACUGGGUUGAUUAAGCGUGCAGAUUUGAAAGCAGGCAAUGUUUUAAUGAGCAAAGGGGUGAGGUCAAACAUGAGGAAGAGAAUUGGAGCAGUACCUGGGGUGGAAAUUGGAGAUAUUUUCUUUUUUCGAAUGGAAAUGUGUGUGAUUGGGUUGCAUUCUCAGUCCAUGGCUGGGAUUGAUUACAUGAUUGUAAGAGGUGAUAUAGAUGAAGAUCCUCUGGCUGUCAGCAUUGUUUCGUCUGGUGGGUACGAUGAUGAGGCAGAAGAUAGGGAUGUGUUAAUUUAUAGUGGGCAGGGUGGCAAUGCGAACAGCAAUAAGAAAGAAGCGGCUGAUCAGAAGCUUGAGAGGGGUAACCUUGCAUUGGAGAGGAGCUUGCACCGAGCUAAUGAAGUGAGAGUCAUUCGGGGAAUGAAGGACACUCUUAGUCAAGCAGCAAAAGUCUAUAUGUAUGAUGGGCUCUAUAGAAUUCAGGAGUCAUGGGUGGACAAGGGCAAAUCUGGUUGCAAUAUUUUUAAGUACAAGUUGGUUAGAGUGCCUGGGCAGCCAGGUGCUUUUUCAGUUUGGAAAUCAAUUCAGCAGUGGAAGGAAGGGAUUUCUACAAGAGUUGGACUAAUUCUUCCGGACCUCACUUCAGGGGCUGAAACUCUACCUGUUUCACUCGUGAAUGAUGUUGAUGAAGAGAAGGGACCUGCAUACUUCACAUAUUUCCCCACUGUCAAGUAUAUUAAAUCAUUUAAACUAACUGAGCCUUCAUAUGGAUGCAACUGCCGCAAUGCAUGUUCCCCAGGUGAUCUAGACUGCUCUUGCAUUAGGAAAAAUGGAGGUGACUUCCCUUAUACGGCCAAUGGGGUUCUUGUAAGCAGGAGGCCAUUGGUUCAUGAAUGUGGUCCUACAUGUCCAUGCAUUCCGAACUGCAAGAACCGAGUGUCUCAGACUGGUUUAAAGGUUCGCUUGGAAGUGUUUAAAACAAAGGACAGAGGUUGGGGCCUGCGAUCAUGGGAUCCCAUCCGUAGUGGUACUUUUAUUUGUGAAUAUGCAGGUGAAGUUAUAGAAAAAGUAAAGGGAAAGCAGGACGGGGAAGGCGAAGAUGAGUAUGUGUUCGAUACAACCCGUGUUUAUGAGCCAUUCAAAUGGAAUUGCGAACCUGGACUAGUAGAGGAGGGUGAUAAUGACAUUACUGAAGAAUGCAACAUCCCUUCUCCCCUAAUCAUAAGUGCCAGAAAUGUUGGAAAUGUGGCCCGAUUUAUGAAUCAUAGCUGUAAUCCCAAUGUUUUCUGGCAGCCAGUUGCAUAUGAACACAACAGUGAAUCCUAUGUCCAUAUUGCAUUUUUUGCAGUGAGACACAUACCCCCAAUGACAGAGCUGACUUAUGACUAUGGGAUUUCUCGCUCAGAUGAGGCUGAGGGUAAUAAUAACGUACAGCAUGGAAGAAAGAAAUGCUUAUGUGGAUCCCAAAAGUGCCGGGGUUCAUUUGGUUGAAGUUGAAAAGGCCUGGAGGCAUAGGCAUGGCUGAAAAGCCAAAUUUUAGCGACUUCAACUGUGCAUACUCGUCUUGACCAAUGCGGAGGUUAUUAGUCAGUUAUGGGCACAGCUUUUCUUACCAUCCUUCUUUUCCCCACCGAUCCUAGCCAGGUAGGACAAAUCCACUUCUCAGGGCAGACUCAGCUUAUGGCCUCCAAAAGAGGUAGGUCCUAGCCAUCUAAUUUUUUAUGAAGGACCAUAGACUAGUAGAAGUGUAUUAGGGCUUGUAGUGCAAGGCAAUGCAAUGAAAGAUUCAGGUUAGUAUUGCUGUUUUGUAUUUGUGCCUGUAACUUUAGUAUCUUGUACUAUAUCUAUAUAGUAGCAAAGCCAGCGUCUUUCCGCAGGCUAUAAAAAUGUUUGCAUGAUCCAAUUUGUAA